UAGGUGCUGAAACUGCUUUAUCAGUGGGUGGUGAUGUGCUGAACUUGAACCUCUCCAUACACGCAAACUCUACACUGUCCACCCACAUCCUCACCUCAGCAUUUAGAGAUCCAUACCUCUCUCUCUUCCACCCCUCGAUAUCUUUUAUCGGUUCCUCUGCCGGCUGUACCUCGAGUCCAACGGCAGUUUCAUAUCGAGUCUGAUUCAGCCAGGCGGCCAGUGUGGGGCACCAUCUACUAAGUCGAAUCUGACCGGCAUUUCUUGCAGCUUCUCAGAUCCCGUUGAAGUGCGACCCAAUCACCGCCAGUCAAGCGUCUCUUCACGAGCACGACCCGACAAGAUACACCGAGGGAUCUGCUUAAAGAAGGCAGCAGACACAACUCCCACCAGCUGCCCCUGCAGCCAACGAACCACCAAACAACCGGGGGGGCUUUGACCAGCCAUGGACGAGAGCAUUCACCACUUCGUUAGCAUCACCGGGGCAAACCUCGAUGUGGCUCGGGGCUUCCUGGAGAUAACAGGCGGCGACUACCAGCGUGCCAUCGAGCUGUACUUUGAGAGUCCAGAUCUCGUUGGAGCCGGUGUGUCCCAUGGCACCCCUCCCGCCGCCUCAACAUCUCGCCCUGCCCCUGCGUCUAGGAGAGCCAAUAUCGGCAGAGAAGACGCUAGCGGGGUGAUUCACAUUAGCGAUGACGACGACAACGACUACGACGAUAUGGACGCGGACGAUUUUGACGAUCACGACGAAGAUGAGCGAGCUGCUGUUGCGCAAGCUGCAGCGCUGGCUCAAGAGGAGGAAGAUGCUGCUAUGGCUAAGCGUCUACAAGCAGAAAUGUACCAGGAAACGGGAAAUGCUGGUGGUGAUAUUAGGGCACCUAUUGCUAGGACAACAGAAACACUUGUUGCCCCGGAUUCCACUUGGUCGGAGGAAGAAAGCUCAGCUAUUCUGGAGCAACUUAGGAGGAGACGCCAGAUGCCUCCCCCAGGUAGAGGCCCCUUUGGUCAUCGGAUAUGGGGCGAUGACGGGGCCCGGCCUGAGCCCGCGUCUGGGAACGGCGCACCAUCCGCUCAUGCUAGACGCCUGGAGGACCUAUUCCGACCGCCCUACGAGCUGAUGUAUCGCAUAUCAUGGGACGAGGCUCGCACAUUGGGUAAAGAAGAUAAGAAGUGGAUCAUGGUCAACCUGCAAGACAUGAGCGACUUCAAUUGCCAAAUGCUUAAUCGAGACAUCUGGAAGGAUCGAGCUGUUCAAGACUUGGUGAAGGAGAACUUCAUCUUCAUGCAGCUGGAUAAAGAUUAUCCUGACGCGGAGGAAUACAUCACAUUCUAUUUCCCUAAUCAGGGCCAUGAAAAUCCAGACAACUACCCCCAUGUGUCGAUUGUCGAUCCUCGGACGGGUGAGCAGGUCAAGGUCUGGAGCGGAAAGCCAUUCCCCAGCGCUGUUGAGUUCCACGCCGAAGUAGCCGAGUUUUUGGACAGAUACAGUCUCGCCGCAAACAGCAAGAACCCCGUCGCUAGAACGGCGGCUCGGAAGCCCCAGGUCAUUGAUGUGGACCGUAUGACAGAGGAGGAGAUGCUGGAGAUGGCUCUGAAAAAUAGCCUGGCGGGGGCUGAGGCCAGUGGCUCGGGCUCGGGAUCAACACCGAGCGUCCAUGAUCCCGAUGCGCUGACCAAGGAGCCUCAGCAAUCAGGCGAUCAGGAAGCACAGAGUCCGUUUGACCAGAUCUCAAGCACAAAUCCCCACACCGAGCCCGCCAACAAUCCUGCCACGACAACGCGUAUCCAGUUUCGACACCCAGACGGACGUGUUAUCCGGCGGUUCAACCUACAGGAUGACGUUCGUACGAUGUAUGAAUGGCUCAAAGCAGAGCCCUUGGAGGGCAAGGCAGAUGUCAAGUUUGAGCUGAAGAGAAUGCCCCAAGGCCAAGAUUUGAUCGAGCUUCUCGAUUCCACCAUUGAAGAGGCGGGCUUGAAGCAAGGAACAGUGAUGAUAGAAUUCGUUACGGACGAGUAAUGACACUGGGGCAGGCUCUUUUCCUUUUUUCACAUUGCAUGACGAAUGACGACAUACGUGAUGCCGGAGCGCGACAUGUCUCUUGAUCAACGCCUGUUGGGCGUAGCCAGGAUGGCGAUGAGGACAUCUGCUUGAUAUAGACAACAUGGGAUAUUAAUACCCAUUAUGGGCGAACCGGUCUUAUGACGAUUGGCUUUGGUUUAUUUGCUGCUGCUAUACGGGAGGGAACCACUGUUUACAGUCGGGUGAGGAACUUGUGUGCUACGAAGCGGCUAUGGCGGAUUUAGUUGCAGGGACUGGGCAUGUAUGUGCUUUGCCCCUCUCAAGGCCUCCUCGUUUCAUUGUUUUUUCUUAUUUCUCUACAGUCUAGGUAGUUUUCCUUUUAUCCCUUGGAGGCGCCAACCGGCGUCGUGCUUUUGCUAGUACAGGCAGGUAGACAAUGCAAGUGCUUUGACACAACAUCAGUGAGCUUUCUUGGACGGCCCG